GAUGCAUUUGGCUGAUGGUGUUUGUCAGUUACAGAUCUUUGUCAUAAUUAAGUCACAGUGAAGUUUUUGUGUGCCUAGCUGCAGUUUUGCUCUGACUCACGGGGGCAUUCAGGGUUGUGGAGGGCCUGAAAAGAGACGUAAAUAUUAGAAACAUCAUUACUCAGACGUCUUGAUUUCCUGAGAGCAGCAGUGUUAUCUGUCACACAUAGAAGACUGUUGGGCUGUCCGGUGAAGCAAUCCCGCCAUGCGUGAAUACAAGCUAGUGGUGUUAGGCUCUGGUGGUGUGGGCAAAUCCGCUCUGACAGUUCAGUUUGUACAGGGAAUCUUUGUGGAAAAAUAUGACCCUACAAUAGAAGACUCGUACAGAAAGCAAGUGGAGGUAGACGGGCAGCAAUGUAUGCUUGAAAUUCUCGACACAGCAGGCACAGAGCAGUUCACAGCAAUGAGGGACUUGUACAUGAAGAACGGCCAAGGCUUCGCCCUGGUAUACUCCAUCACAGCACAGUCCACCUUCAACGACCUCCAGGACCUGAGAGAACAGAUUCUACGAGUAAAGGACACAGAGGAUGUGCCGAUGAUCCUGGUGGGGAACAAGUGCGACUUGGAGGAUGAGCGUGUCGUGGGGAAGGAGCAGGGCCAGAACCUGGCCAGACAGUGGAACCACUGUGCCUUUUUAGAGUCCUCUGCUAAGUCAAAGAUCAACGUCCUCGAUAUCUUCUAUGACCUGGUCAGACAGAUAAAUAGGAAAACGCCAGUGGAAAAGAAGAAGGCGAAAAAGAAAUCCAACUGUGUCCUGCUUUAAAGACCCCCCCCCCUCCAGCCCCUGCAGCAGCUCUGAGCCAGAAAUGCUGUAAUGAAGAACUGUUGCCCUGAUUGGAACGUGCCAGCAUUCCAACAGCCCCGACCCCCCCCCCCCUCCAUCAGCCAUAAACGGUGAAUCAGCUGACUGAACUGCUCCUAUCAAAGACGAGGAUGAUCUACGAGAGAGAGAGAGAGAGAGAGAGAGAGAAAGAGAGAGAGAAGACUCUGGUCUCUCGCCUCCGAGGACCUUCCUCUGUGUCUCAGUUUCAGUGUGAACCCUGAACGGACAGUCUCCAUUUCUGCACCAACAAACAAAACCACCACAAACUGAUGAUGAUGAUGAUGAUGAUUAAAACGCAGCAAAGCCUCUGAAAGUAUAAAAAAGUGUCCAUGAGCUGCCCACACAGCCAGAGAGCAGCCCCUUAUUUUCAUGUUUGUUUGUUUUUGACAGUUUAACAAAAAGAAAAAUAACAGCGUUAAAGAAGGAAAACAAAGUUAGAACUCAGAUUCAGUAUUUUUCUUCAUCUUUUUUCAAUAUCAAUAUCGUAUUUGAAAGACAUGGAAGUCGACCUCUUUAGUUGUAUGAUUAUAAAUAUUCUUCAAAAACGAGCAUGAAAAAAAUGCAUCAGUUAUUAAGUGUAGAUGUUUUCAAGUGAAACCAAGUGGAAAAGUGAGAAAUUUUUUAUAGCCAUACACCUAUUCUCCAUGCCUGUCAUGUCAGUGAUGAUAGAUCAAGGUCUAUAAUAUGUAUUAUUAUUUUUAUUAUAUAUUUUUUCUUUGUUCGCCCUGUUGUUCAUGGACUUCUCUUCUGCAAAUAUCUCUCUUUGAUGUGACUUAAUUUUAUACUCAGUCACUGGGAUUUCAUAGCUCCCAUAAUAUAUUCUAAUGCCAUUUUUUGCAUAAUAAUGCUUCAGAAAAAAAAUGGGCCUUUUAUAGAAGAAAUAUGGGGAAAAAUAAGGAUUGAUUUCUAUGUCUCUUGAAGCUGAAAUAUAUUAUACUAAACCAACUCUAAUAAUGCUUCUUGUGUUUUUCUGUCAAUGAUGUUCCAGCUUUUAUGGAUUAUUAAAGUACAUUUUAGUACAUUUUCA